CGGGAAAAUAAUAGAAUGAAUAAAUCGCGUUUAAAAUCCGUUAAAAAGUCUUUAAUUUCUAAAUGUAUAAUACUCGCGUAAAAUCAAACCCUAGAAAAUACUAUGUAGACCAGUACGGACUGGAAAAUGCUAACAAAAUUCGCCGUUUAGAAGAACUGAAGACAAAGCGCUCGAGGUUUUUGACAUCCCUGAAUUUCAUGAAGCAAUGUCGAGAACAUAAUAUCAUCCCAGUUUGUUGUCGAAUAGCACCGAAAAAGGACAUAGCUGGAAGCGCAAGUAUUCUAAACAAGGCAAGUCAAAAAUUGUUAUCUAAAGUAAUUGCUGGACACCGAUCGGAUAUUGAAAGGCUCAACAUUGAGAUCCGAAAUGUAGCAAGUAACUUAAAGAAUUUCAUGUUAGAUACAGAUUGGCAGCUGUGCUUGAACAUCUUAGAUAAUCGUGCACAUAGUAAAUUCAAAUCAUGCACGGAUAAACAAAAGCAAAAAUUUGAAAAAUUACUGGCCAAGAAGAAUAACUCAAUGUCAUCUGAGUAUCCAAACGUCACUGAAUGUCAACCUCAAGUGACAGCAGUUGUCAAUCUGUCAAAACAAAUUCUUGAUAACAAAACUAUUGAGGUACUGAAUAGAGGUUUAAACUUUGCUCCUGCGCCGCAAAAAAUACCUUGCGAAGAAAUAAUAAGUCAUGUGGAGGAUACUUUAUUCAAAAACAACAUUCUUAAAGAAGACGCGGAGGCGAUUCGGCAAGACAUAUCUUGUGUACUACGCACUUGCAAACCGCCGAAACCUAACAUCUCUCGCUCUGAGUCUAUCGCUUUAAAACACCUGCGAAAGAAUGAAGAUAUAAUAGUACUCCGAGCUGACAAAGGAAACGCAACGGUUAUAAUGGAUACGUCAGAUUACAACAACAAAAUGUCGGAAAUACUGUCGGACGAAAACACCUACAAAAAAGUCGACAAGGACCCAACAAAUAAGGUAAUGAAACAAACAACUGACCUUAUAAAUAAACACAAAACGACAUUAAAUCUUGACACUAAGUAUCUUAUUCCAUCUUGCGUGAAACCUCCUAAGAUGUAUGGCUUACCUAAAAUACACAAAACUAAUACUCCAUUAAGACCUAUUGUGAGUCAAAUUGAUACACCCACUCAAAAACUAUCACAACACAUGUCUAGGGUGCUCGCUCCCCUCAGAGGUAACACCAGUGCUUAUGUUAAGGACUCAUACCAUUUUGUUGAGAUAUUAAAAGACCUAAAUAUCGCAAACAAUGAAACUAUGGUUAGCUUUGAUGUGCAGUCUCUUUUUACUAAUCUCCCGGUGACUGAUUGCAUCAAUAUUGUUAAGAAAAGGUUAGGUGAACACAAUAUGCCAUUAGAAUAUGCAGAGAUCUUAGAACAUUGCCUAACAUCUGGCUAUUUAUUGUGGAAUGGUGAAUUUUACAUGCAGGUUGAUGGGGUGGCCAUGGGCUCUCCAGUAUCACCCGUUGUCGCUGAUAUUUUUAUGGAAGACUUCGAGGAGAGAGCCUUGGCCACAGCACCAGUCAAACCGAGACUGUAUAAACGCUAUGUAGAUGACACCUUCACAAUACUCCCUACUGAACAUAUACCUGCAUUUUUAGAACAUCUUAACUCCAUACAUAAAAACAUCCAAUUUACUAUGGAGUUAGAAACUAACAACCGUCUAGCCUUUCUUGACAUUUUAAUAAUGAGGGGACGGGAUGGCAUGCUCAACCAUACAGUGUAUAGGAAAGUCACUCAUACUGAUAGGUACCUCAAUGGUGAAUCUCACCACCACCCUUGCCAACUAGCUUCUGUCGGUAAAUCUUUGUUUCAGAGAGCCCGCCACCUCUGUGAUGCUGCCCACCUCAGCGGGGAACUGCAGCAUGUCAAGCGAGUACUACGUAACAACAAGCUGCAGGCGCCUCCACAGCAUCACAGGAGUCGAACGAAGCCACACACAGUUGAAAGACAACCGGCCUACCUACCAUAUGUGAAGGGAGUUACUGACAGAAUUGGAAGAAUCCUAAGACGAGCUUCAAUUAAAACUAUAUAUAAGCCGCAUAAGAAGAUAAACCAAUUCUUGAGACCAAUUAAAAGUAAUAUUCCUCUACAAGAUGCAGGCGUGUACAAGUUAGACUGUGACUGUGGUCUCUCAUACAUCGGCCAAACAAAAAGAAGCAUUGCUAACCGACUGAAGGAGCACAUUGCGGAUAUCAAGCAUCGGCGUCACAAGAAGUCUGCGGUAUGUGAACACACACUGGACAACAACCACUUCAUAAGAUUUGACCAACCACAAAUCCUUGCCAGAGAAAAUAAAUUUUUUCCAAGACUUGUGCGCGAGGCUAUUGAAAUUAAAAAACAUCCAAAUUUCAAUAGAGAAGAUGGUUUGAAACUUUCUAACACCUGGGAUCCUGUUAUUAAGAAUUUAAAAUCCCAUGUCAAACGUACCAAAAGACUAGAAGACACGAUCAGCCAAUACUGCCAACAUCCGGAAAAAUACUCCAGAUACCAACUACGGAGGAAUAGGUGGAGGUAGUUCACAAAUAACAAUUUUUGAAUGACCAUCAAGACGUACAACAUCUCAGUCUCCCCGUGACCACGCUCGCUGUAAAGUGUUCGAAACGUCGGGAAAAUAAUAGAAUGAAUAAAUCGCGUUUAAAA